AUGCAAGCUCUCAGCUACUGCUGCAGCACCAUGCAAGUUCUCAGCUACUGCUGCAGCACCAUGCAAGCUCUCAGCUACUGCUGCAGCACCAUGCAAGCUCUAAGCUACUGCUGCAGCACCAUGCAAGCUCUCAGCUACUGCUGCAGCACCAUGCAAGCUCUCAGCUACUGCUGCAGCACCAUGCAAGCUCUCAGCUACUGCUGCAGCACCAUGCAAGCUCUCAGCUACUGCUGCAGCACCAUGCAAGCUCUCAGCUACUGCUGCAGCACCAUGCAAGCUCUAAGCUACUGCUGCAGCACCAUGCAAGCUCUCAGCUACUGCUGCAGCACCAUGCCUGGCUGUCUGCUGUCAUUCUCCCUGCCAUGA